UAAGGCAGUAGGUAAAAUCACAGCCUCUUUGUUUACCCCCUAACCCUCACCCCCUUCAAAAAGAUUCAUACAUCUCUCUCUCUCUGUGAAAAACAAAUCAGAAAAGCUGCUUUCGGUUGAAUGGCAAUGGCAGGGCGUAUUAGAUCUACAGUCCCUAUCGUACGCAAGGCCCUUUCUUCUGAUUCAAGAUCCGCUCUUUAUCCCCAGUUGUCAAGAAAUUAUGCUACUGCCCCAGCCAAAGAGCAAAAAGUUAAGGUUCCUGUGACGAUGUAUGGGGUUUCUGGGAAUUAUGCCUCAGCUUUGUACAUCGCAGCUGUAAAAGCUAAUGCAUUGGAUAAGGUUGAGACCGAGCUUUUGGACCUUAUUGAGGCUUCAAAGACAAGUCCUAAAUUUUCUCAGUUUAUGAAGGAUCUAUCUGUACCUACGGAUACGAGAGUGAAGGCCAUGACUGACAUCGCUUCACAGGCUAAAUUUGGAGAUCUCACAAAGAACUUCUUGGUUGUUUUGGCUGAAAAUGGGAGGCUGAAGCAUGUUGAUGCCAUAGCAAAAAGGUUUGCAGAGUUAACCAUGGCACACAAGGGGGAACUUAAAGCCACUGUAACAACUGUUAUUCCACUUCCUCCAGAAGAGGAGAAAGAAUUGAAGGAGACAUUGCAAGAGGUGAUGGGAAAAGGGAAGAAAGUGAACAUUGAACAGAAGAUUGAUCCUAGCAUUCUUGGUGGGCUUGUGAUAGAAUUUGGCCAGAAAGUUUUUGACAUGUCAAUAAGGACUAGGGCACGCCAGAUGGAGAGACUAUUGAAGGAACCUAUCAACUUCUGAUUGCGUGAAAGCCCAUUUUAGUUAUUUUACCCUUUUGUGGUUUUAGCUGAAGAUGAGCAUUCUCUUACUUUGGACUGCUUGAGGUGUUUCUUUCUCAUACAAUGUUCUUCUUCUUGCACAAAUAAAAGCACACUUUACAUUUGAAUCUUCCAAAGGAAAGCCUUGAUGAGGAUCAUUUUUAUUUUUUUUGCAUGAAGGUUUAUGGAAGUGUUAUCUAUGUGUACUCACUCGUGUAUCAAACCUUCUUUAGAGUUUGAAUAACAUCUUCCUUUGUUUA